AUGUAUGUACCUAAGGAUGAACAUGGAGCAUUUCUGGCCUUGUUUCACUUCCAACUCAUUCUCUACUUUAUUUUUGCUUUUGAAAAUCAAAGUGGAAGUCAACAGAGUAAAAGGAAGCGGCAUAAGCCCCCUGCAUUUAAUCGUAAAAGCCCAGACUACCUGGAAAAAUUCAUAGCUUAUAUUCCAACUGCAAUUAAGAACCAGGACAUCAUUGAGAUGUAUGUAUUUUUGGCUGACUACCCAAAGUUUGCCACCACCUGGGAGGUGCUGGACCUGAUCAUGGAAAUUGCCAUAUUCAGCUUUCUGUCCAUGUGGGUCCACACACAUCCCCAGGACUUCUGUGAUUAUCACAGUGUGGCCACAGCAAAGAGGCUGGUGAACUACAUAAAGCUCAACGUGCCUUCCUCAGAUGUCACUAUUCAAACUGAAGAGCUCCUAUCAGUGCUGGAGGAGCCGGAAUCCAAAGAGGAUGAGGAGACAUGGGAUUGUGGGCUCUUCAGGGAGACAACUCCAGAAGCCCCAGUGCUGGAUGUCUCAGGGAUGGGAGAGACUCUGCCUCUGAGAGCAGCUUCUGCGGCAGAGCCACAGAGAGAUGUGAAUCCCCAAGAGGACACUGAGCUCAUGGACCCAGCAGCUGGGGACCCAGCUGUGCCAGAAGCUGAACCAGUGGAGCUUCUGCCUUCAGAGCAGCCUCUGCCCACAUCCGCUGAUACACAAAAGCUUCUCGAUGUGGCAGCAGAUGUCCCAGCCACCGGGCACAUAUUUGUACUUGGUGUUGUGCAGUUAGGUGACCCAGAGCCCUUUUUCCCUCUGCCUGUUGUUGACAUAUAGUUGGAUCAAGAUUUACCUGCUGAAUUCUACCCCAAACCAGCUCCACAGGCCCUCUUUAGAGAAAACAUCUUUAAUUUCAUUUAAUUCUUUUUAUUAAUUACAU